CAACGACGUCAGCACGCGUUCACUUCCUGUGCACGCAGAGUCCGCUGUUCUGGUUAAGAAGGCCAAAUAGCGAUAUUUUGGCACGGGAUGGCUUCGACGUUGCGUUUGAUUUACUGUGCUUCAAGACCAGGCACAUUUGCAGCAAGUAGGAGUUUGGUGAGGCCGUUCAGUGUGUCUGCACCAAGAGAGGGCUUCAAGUAUGUGAAUGCCCAGGAGCUGCCCACAGACAUGAAGUCCAUCACAGACAGAGCUGCGCAGACGCUGCUGUGGACAGAGCUUUUCAGAGGUCUGGGGAUGACCAUGAGCUACUUGUUCAGGGAACCAGCAACCAUCAACUAUCCAUUUGAGAAGGGGCCUCUAUCGCCAAGGUUCAGAGGGGAGCACGCUCUGAGGAGGUAUCCCUCGGGAGAAGAACGCUGCAUUGCCUGCAAACUGUGUGAAGCCAUUUGUCCUGCCCAGGCCAUCACUAUUGAGGCUGAGACCCGAGCAGAUGGCAGCAGGAGGACCACUCGUUACGACAUUGACAUGACCAAAUGUAUUUACUGUGGAUUCUGCCAAGAAGCCUGUCCUGUCGACGCCAUUGUAGAGGGUCCUAACUUUGAAUUCUCGACCGAAACACAUGAAGAGCUGCUAUACAACAAAGAGAAACUCCUCAACAAUGGAGACAAGUGGGAGCCAGAGAUUGCCGCCAACAUCCAGGCUGAUUACCUGUACCGAUAAACCCGACUUGAGUGAUAUCAGAGAGACCUCUCUGCAAAACGUCCACACUAAGCAAUCUACGAGCAUAUGCAGCUGAACAAAGAGCUUUAGAUUCAGAUACAGCAGUGGUUCUUAAAAUCUUCAUGUUGAGUGGGUAAACUUGGUGCAGUGUUUAUCUCUAAAAAUCUGGGGUCAAAACAGGUAUAAAACAAUGGCAGAUGGUAACCCUGAAACCAUGUAUAAGUUGUAAGUAGCUAACUGAGGCUCCCUUCACUUCAGUUCAGUAUAAAUGAAUGAAAUCUAUAGCAAACCACCCCCACGAAAACCAGGACUAAACCAGGACUAAACCAGGACUAAACCAGGACUAAACCAGGACUAAACCAGGACUAAACCAGGACUAAACCAGGACUAAACCAGGACUAAACCAGGACUAAACCAGAACAACCACUGGUGAUAAACUGCAUUAAAAUCGGCUUCAUAUAAAUUCAGUCUGAACUGCUUUUCUCCUGAUUGCCAACAGAGACCCCCGCACCACUAUUGAGAACCACUGUGUGUAUAUUUUCUCUGGUAUCUGCCACAGUUGUGAGACUAUUACUUUAAAGUGAUGGGUUUUACCAUGUUAAAUGAGAUAUUUAUUGUAUAUGGGUAAUUUGAGCACUGUCAGUUGGAGGAUAAUGUUUGUGUGUCCUGCUCAGAUUGAACUUAAUGCUACACUUAUAAAUAUAGUCCUUUUACAGUAACAUUGAGUUUUAACUGUAUGUCCGUAAGAAUAUUUUCACCUCAAUAAAGUUUGGGAGGAGCGUAAAAA